AUGGGCUGUCAGGAGCCUGACAGCAUCGCGAUCGGACGGUCCCCGUCAUUCGGGUUCGCUCUGGGAGUUGACUCGGAGACGACGAGCAGGGUGGCGCUCCCCCGAUCGAUAGUCAAAUUCUGUGUUCUUCGGUCGCCACACAUCGACAAGAAGUCAAGGGAGCAAUUCGAGAUGAGGAUCAACAAGCUGUACAUGGUGGUCAAGACCCGGUCGGAGGACCUGCAGAAGAAGUUCUUCUGGUUGAAGCGCCAGCGGAUACUCGGUGCCCAGUAUGAGAUCGUCUUCUCCUACAAGACCCGGCUCCCCCUGAAGCCCCCACUGCCGGAUAACCCAUCGUGA